AUGUCCAGCGACGAGCACGACGGGCCUCCCGCAAAGAUGCCGCGCACGCGCAUUGCCCGAGCGUGCGAGAACUGCCGCGCCCGCCGCAAGAAGUGCCAACCCCCUUAUCCAUGCCAGGCAUGCCGUGAUGCCGGUCUCCCCGACUGCCUCGUCCGCGAUAAGCCGCGCCCUAUGCGGCGCCGGCGGUCGCAGCAGGCAACGAGCGCGCCUAUCGAGGGAUCCAUGUAUCCGCAACGCACGCGCUUUCUUCACUCCAUCGAUGAGGAGCUGGAACGGCUGUACGCUGCUCAGACUGGCAUCACCGUGUCUCUCGCGCUUGAGGAGGCACCGACUCACCCCGACUGCAAUCUCCUUACCCCACUUCCUGAGCUGCCCGAGCCGCUGCCUCCAAGUGCUGCCAAGGCCAUGCAGACAUUCUGCGACCACAUGUUGCCAUUCUGCAGCUACAUGACUGCCCCCAGAGUUCUCAGCCUUUUCGAGCGCUAUCUCUCUGCGCCACACACUUUAUCCCCUGAUCAGACCGCCCUCAUGUACUCGUGUCUUGCUUUGGGAUAUAACCGCCUCCGAACCUUCGGAGACAGUCGACAAGCACGCGACGUGCCGGACAACGAGCGGACAGACGUGCCGUAUUUCCGGCAUGCCAUCCAUGUCCUUGACAAGUGGGGUAGUGCAAGCUUUACAUCGCUUCACACCCUUUCUGGGCUGUGGUACUACUCCACGAUCGCGUGCACGUCCGAAACAUGUCGGGAGAUCGUUUCGUGGAUGAUCGCACAGGCCAAGGAUCUCGGGAUUCACCAAGAUCAGGGAGGGUCGGCGUACUCGCCCUCUGAUCGUGCCGACCUCAUGUUUGUCCAGGUGCUGUACUCUCACUAG